CUGAGAGGAUCAAGCUGGGUACGAGAAUAUGGGAAUAGAAGCGGGGGUGGCUGGGAGGACUGGGCGAGACGUUCCUCCUCCUUUGAUUCGAACGUCGGAACCCAUUUUCGCCGUGUCGGAACGGUUUCUGAAGAGUGCAAAGUCGAGUCUGCGCCACAGGACACCAGCAAUGUGGCGGGGAAGGGAGCUAUACCCAUUUCGAGAGCUUCCCGCAACCCCUCAACCCCAGAUCUCUUUGGAGCUGGUCGGAACGUUGGAAUUCGCAGAUCCGUGUCAAUCGGAAUUGAGACACUUUCCUUCGCCGACGAGGAUUUAUAAAAUGGGUAGACUCAAUCGUUCCGGGAGCCACACAACCGUUCCAGAUUGAUCAGCGAGUCUUGAGAGGCUUUCAUUCAUCAUGUUAUCCACGUCCGCUCGAUGUCUCCGGAAUAGUGGAUCUAAACUUCCGCGAACACAGCUCCGCACUGCGGCCACACAAGCUCAGAAGCGCGCGGGGGACAUAUCAGACGCUUUUGUAUCCCUAUCUGGACAAGACUUCAAGCCUCUAGGACCCGAAUACGCCGCCUUGAAGCAGCGCCUCAUUCGCGGCCAUGAAGACAAAGUACAAGAGUCGUGGAACCGGCUGCUUCGAGACCUGCGCGAAGAGAUCCCUCACAUAGUCGAGUUAGGAUCGAAAGUUAUCCCGGAGAUAGACUUCAGAGACCUGGACAGUGCUUCCGAAGACUUCAAUGCGGCGCUGAAGAGCAGAGGAGUGGCGGUUGUAAGGGGAGUGGUUUCGGAAGAGGAAGCGUUGAAGUGGAAGGAGGACCUUAGGGAAUACAUACGGCGGAACCCCCAGACAAAGGCCUUCCCACCAGACAAUCCCCAAGUCUUUGAACUCUACUGGUCCCGUCCCCAAAUCCUCGCCCGCGCCCACCCCAACUUGCUCAAAACCCAGCGCUUCCUUAUGUCCUACUGGCACAGCUCCCCUUCCGCUCCAAUCUCAACCCAACAUCCCACCAGUUACGCCGACCGCCUCCGCAUGCGCCUCCCCGGCGACGCCAAGUUCGCCCUAGGACCUCACGUCGAUGGGGGAAGCGUCGAGCGCUGGGACGAGCGCGGCUAUGGUCUCGGAGGCGUGUAUGAGGACAUUUGGAAGGGCCAGUGGGAGAAGUUCGACCCUUGGGAGGCCGAGUGCCGGCUACCCGUGGUGUCGGACCUGCACCAGGGCGUGGGCGCCUGCUCCAUGUUCCGCAUGUACCAGGGUUGGCUUUCCAUGUCCAAGACCGGACCGUUCGAAGGGACGCUGCUGGUGAAUCCCCUUCUAGCGAAAGCAACGGCGUACUAUCUCCUCCGCCCCUUCUUCACGCCCCGCAAAGGCCUCGCGGAGCCGUCCACCCAGUCAACAUCAGAAUCCCUCUCGAACAUCAGCGACUUCCUCUCCGAAGACAACUGGCAACUGGAAUUGCCCGUCACAUCCGCCCUCCAAGGCGCCACCCCCGGCCACGGUCAAGAACUCUCCCCCGUCUUCCACCCCCAUCUGCACCUCCAGAACACAAUGGUCCACGUCCCGCGCGUCCGUCCUGGGGACUACGUAGCGUGGCACUGCGACACCAUUCACGCCGUCGAUCAGAAGCACGCGGGACAGUCGGAUUCCAGUGUGCUGUAUAUCCCCGCGUGUCCGCUUACGGAGGGGAAUGCUAAGGGCUUGGUAAAACAGCGAGAAACGUUCAUUCGAGGCACGCCUAGUCCGGACUUUGGCGGUGGGGUUGGUGAGAGCGAGCAUGUGGGGAGGGUUCGGGUGGAGGAUAUGGAGGGUUUGGUGGGUGUGGAAGGCUGUAGGGCUAUGGGGUUGAAGGAGUGGGAUAGUGGGGAAGAUGGGUUGGCGAGGGGGCAGAGGGAGGUGUUGGAGAGGGCGAAUGAGAUUUUGGGAUUUGGUGGUUGAGCAAAGGCUUUGGGAUAGGGGGCGAAUGGGAGAAGGCUGGGAUUUGAGGAGAAUGGAAUGGUUAUGUACUAUCAUCUAUGCGGACGGGUCUGUACGGCAUGGCGUCUAGGUGAUUAUAAAUUCGGUAAAUGCCUUAAAUG